AUGGCACACAAUACACAGCUGCUCACAAAGGAAAAAGGUGAUAAACAUCCCGGCUGUUGAUAUAAGAGUCAAUAAGAUAUUUAUUAAUCUCGCGCCUAACGGAAAAUAAACAAUAAUCAGCAAAUGUGUGUUUGCAAGCGCUUUUCUUAUAUGCCUAACGUUCAUCAGGGUCACGGGCCCAUAAAAAGGGCCGCGCGAAGAACUAUGUUAUUCACAUUGCUAGCGGAUAUUUAGCAGUGAACAUUGUUUUGGAAAUGAAAUCUCUACUUGUUCUCCUGUUUCUCGGAGCGAUAGUCGCCACCCUGGCUGAGGAGUCUUUUGAGGAUGAGGCAGUCGCGGAGUUGUUAGAUGAACAGGGUGAUGAAACCAUUGCUGAGCUUGCUGAUGAAGCGAAUGACCCCCAUCAUCGUCCCCAUCCAAGUAUACGACUUGAUGCAAUACAUCCACCAAGUGAGCUAGCUCUUUAGUUAUUUUUUUCAGCCGGGGUAGGUUGUUAUAUGUUUGAAAGAGUGAUUACCCUUUUGUCAAUAAAGUAAUCAUACCUCAGUUUUUUCAUAUUCACUGAUCAAUUAGCGUCAAAUGAUAAAGACGGCCAGCAUCAAUCAAUGAAAAUCCUGACAUGUGAUUAAAAAAAAUCAACAAAGUUUUAGAAGUAUCCUACCACAGAGCUAUUAAAAAAUUAACACAAUUCAUCUUCUCUCCCACUUAGAAAAACAUUUGCAAAAAACUGCGGAAAAUAUGCAAGAAGCUCCGGCCCAGUGGACGCCCUAAGCCUUAACUGAUUGAAAGUUAAGUUAUUGACAGCCCAACGGUACUGCAAAGAUGACGUGUCCCAUUAAGAGAAAACUUGAUGUAACGAAAUUAAAUGUAGUUGUGAAAUUAGGGUGGUACUGUUGAUUUAAAUAAAGCAUUGAAAAGGUGUCUUGUGGUUUUACUCAUGUGCGUACAGUAGUAGAGGAUUUAUCUAAUAAAUGAUAAUUAUAAAAGUAAAUUAUAAUUAUCAUAAAAAAAUUAUCCCAGAACCCUUUGAAAGCUUUGCAACUUUGACAAUUCUAUACGUAGAAGAAUGUCAGUCCACAAGAAGAAAACAUUUGCCAUGAAAUAUCUUCCCACAUCACAUCUAAGGUAAUAACGUCCUCAGUCACGUGACUAUUCCGAAUUAGGUUUGUUUGGUGCUGUGACAAGAUUUUGUUAACGAGUUAAAAACAAAUAACAGAAUUGAGGUUUUAGUUAAGGGGUGAGGGGGGGGGGGAUUUAAAAAUAACCAGUUGACGUCGGGCAUUUAAAAUAUAAGGGGGUAAUAAACAUGAGCGAAAAAGUCGGGAGACUAGGCCGCGGGAUGUAGAGAGUCAACCUUUUAUCACACGGCAGAGAAAAUUUGCGGGAAGGUAAUGUUCUAACUGAUAAUUUUUUUCUUGCCCAAAAUAGGGACAUGACGUUAUCAGUCACGUGAUCAAAGCGUUUUGAAUGUUUUAGUUCGUUUUUAAAGUGCCUUUUUGUCAUAAAUUGGCAAGUUAUUUUUUCCUCAACAAUUCUUUACACUGUAUUAUCUCUGAGUAAUUAUUAUUCAAAUUCAAAGCAGAACCAAACGAAAACUGAGCCAGAAACUUAAAAGUUGCGUAAAUUGACCGAUAUUGCAAGUUUAAAUCGAAAAGGAGACCUACUCUUGAGACUUUUGUAAAAUUCUUUUUCAACUUAACUGUUUGUUUGCCGAAAUAAAUGUUCAACGUUUGUUAUUAACGGGAGAACUUUAAAAACUAAAAGUAUGUAUUGGGCGGCCAUAUUGUUUUUCUUCAUUCCCAGGGAGAGAAGUCUCGUAACAGUAUUAAUGGGUUUAUUGUGAGCUUUACGUCUAGCUUCGAUCAGUGGGCCUUCUGUGUUAAAGUUGUCAAACUAUGUUAUGAUUGAAACAAAUCCACGUUUCCUUCAAAAGUAGACAAAAAAAUUGCUUCGGCGGUUCUUUGUCAACAACAAAAUGUUACCCCGUAUAAAGCUUGGCCCAGCUCGGUUAAUUUCUCCAACCAGGAAUGUAGCUAGCCUGCGUGCAGACGAUAACUAAACUCUGAUUAGUACCGUCUGCGAAGCAGCGCCAAGAUCCUUGUUCUGGACCCCCAACGGACUCAACGAAUUACCGGAAGUGCGUUUCGAGUUCCCCUUCAAGCUGAUUGGCGAUCACGACAAACAAAACAAAGGCUUUUUUUAACUGGCCAAUCGUGGCGCGUACUCAAAUCUGGGUACACAGCUGGAAGUCCAGAACAAGGAUUUCGGCGCUGUUUCGCAGACGGAGUUAACCAGAGUUUAAUUUCGUCUGCGCGCAGGCUAGAAUGUAGCGUGCGUGUACGCACAUACGCCUAUGCAAUCAGCUGGUAAAAUCUGGAAAAAAUAUAUAGAUUUUUUUUUUAUCUCCUGAAAGCAUUUUUAUCAUUAAAUUUGGAUAAAUAUUUCGCAUUAUAUUGGUGUUUUUGUGUUAGUACUGAGAAAGAGUUUAGAACGCCGUUUCAGCUGACGUAAACGGUUUUUUACAAUCAACAUAACGCUUUUCUCGUGCUUGGCAACCUCCCGCGUGCAUCCAUAGCUCGAUUGCUGCACGGCUGCAAUGUUUACCAUUUUUCUUUCAUUGGUUAUAACGUCAAUUUACCCUCGUACGUCGGUGUACGCCAAUGUAAAAUGUCCUACUCGAGAUAACACUUCGCCAAAUUCUGCCGAUUUUGACGUGAAAAAUGCAUAUGACCACGGGUAUUUCGAAAAUGAAGACAGCAAACCUCGCAGAGAAACAGAAACAUACUUUUUUCUACCGGUGGGUUAGUGUGCUUCUUAGCACAAACCUUAGCUUAACGCCUUCCUGUUGCCACAUUGGUCAUAUCUUCUUUGACAACUUGCUGAUAAUAAGCAGUGGCCGGGCAUUUGUCGGUCCCUCUCGUUACUUAUUGCUGUAGCAGCCAUGCGCCUUUCAAAGUACAAAAGGCACCCUGAAUCAGGGCGGAAUCGGUGAUGUUCCGCGCUAUUCCGCGAAGGCUCCCUCAUUGCUAAUACUUAUCCUAACAUCUCAAGUAAUUUUUUCUCUUCCUCUUCUUUUAACCUCGAAUCCAAUUUUAGCCUUUCAACUAAUUUUAUUUUGAAGUUUUGAAUAUAUGAAAAUCAUAUAUAUGAACUGCGGAGUGACGAAUUAAAUGAAGGAUAAUUUAUAGUAAACGAUCCAAUUCAACGCCCUGCUCCCAGUUGGCUUGUUAGCUUAAUAGGGAGUUUAAGAUACCACGACGGCGACGGCGGCAAAAACAUCGCUUAAAAAGUGACUCCUCGAUCUAUGAAACUUUAGCGCGAUUAUCCCAACUCGGUCACUAUGUUUUAUGUAAGCGAACUCUCCCACAGUUGAAUUCUUAAGAAAAAAAUCCAGGUAUACAAAGAGUAAGAGAGAUUCGUCGUCGUAUGUUCACGUUGUCGAUAAAACGUGAAAUUAGGCAAUUCACGUCGUAGUCGUGCAGUGACGGCAAAGAAAUGUACAAAAAAGCGUGUUGUUGUUUUGCUAAUCUUAACCAAUUGCUUUUUGACGUUCUCGUUGCCGUCGCCGUAGGGGCAUCUUAAACUCCCUAAUUUGUACAGCGCUGCACCGGUACUGCAGAGGUCAAGGGUUCGAAUCCCGUACAAGCCUGAGUUUUUUCAGGCUUUCUCUUUGCAACUACAAAAGUUACUUAUAGAAAGCAAAAAAAACAAAGUUAGAUGUUAAGAUUUGCACUAAUAAUGAGGGACCGGCAAACUCUAUGUCUACCUCAAGUAAUUAGGUGCUAAAAUAGAAAAAAGGGUUGAGAUAAGUUUAUAAGUAAAUGAAAUGAAAUGGCAGUAUAAAAGACAUACUUACAAAAAUAAGAAGAUGAAAUAAAAUUAAAUUAAAUGAAGGAUGAUCAUCGCAGUUAUCACUUUUUGCUUUGUAAAGAAAAAAAAACCAACAACAGCAACAACAACAGUAUAUUCAUCUAACAACCUUUGUGGCAUUACGGGUGUUCAAAGUAUGGGAUCCCUAACGAAAGAUAGAAGUUAGGGAGAAUGUGUGCGUUUGGGAGUGUUGUGGGUGCGAAGAUGCACCUGUAGUAAAUAUUUUAGUAACUUCCAAACGCAAAGUAAAAUAUUUAUCUUCAAGCUUGGCGCAAAAUAAACACAAGGUUGAACAAAAGGGGUUAAACCGAAAAAGAUAAAAGAUGGCACACAAUACACCGCUGCUCACAAAGGAAAAAGGUGAUAAACAUCCCGGCUGUUGAUAUAAGAGUCAAUAAGAUGUUUAUCACUCUCGCGCCUAACGGAAAAUAAACAAUAAUCAGCAAAUGUGUGUUUGCCAGCGCUUUUGUUAUAUGCCUAACGUUUAACAGGGUCACGAGUCCGUAAAAAGGGCCGCGCGCAGAACUUUGUUAGUCACAUUGCUAACAGAUAUUUAGCAGUGAACUUUGGUUGGGAAAUGAAAUCUCUACUUGUUCUCCUGUUUCUCGGAGCGUCAGUCGCCACCCUGGCUGAGGAGCCUUUUGAGGAUGAGGCAGUCGCGGAGUUGUUAGAUGAAGAGGAUGAUGAAACCAUUGCCGAGCUUGCCAUUCCCGUCGUCGUCCCCGUCCAAGCGGCCCUCCGAGGGCUGUAAGAUCUUCUACCUUGUCACCAAUCCUAAACAAACUACUGGGAUUUGCACAAUCAGCUUAAAGUAGCAAACUUAAUUUGUUUAAGACUCCCUUUCACGUCCUUAUAAAAUAGGUGCUGAGGGGAACUUCGGAAGAAUCACGCUCCCUCAACCCGGAAAUUCCGUAUUUUAUCUGGUUAACAUGUUAGAUCGAUAACUCUGUCAAAAAAAUAGCCAUACCCUUUUUUCUGGUGAUUGGCAUCACGGUGAUAAAGAAUGGUAUCAUUAAUAAAAUCCUAGCAAACGGUGUUUUAAGAUAAACGGUAACGUAUCAUUGAGCCAUUAUUAUAAAACUCACAUAGUUUAAUUCUUUUCUCUUAAAAAGUGCAAGCUAUAUUUUAAGAAAUGCUUAAAGAAGCCAACUGGUCCUCGUCCCACACGUCCCAUCAAGGUAAGAUCUUCCUUGUCUUUAUUUUGAACCCUUAUACUUUGAUGUCGAGACGUAGCUUUACAGCAAAAGCGUGUAGUCAACUUAUAUUGUUUUUAUACGACUUGAUGCAAUACAUGCACCAGGUGAGCUAGCUCUUUAGUUAUUUUUUUCAGCCGGGGUAGGUUGUUAUAUGUUUGAAAGAGUGAUUACCCUUUUGUCAAUAAAGUAAUCAUAGCUCAGUUUUUUCAUAUUCACUGAUCAAUUAGCGUCAAAUGAUAAAGACGGCCAGCAUCAAUCAAUGAAAAUCCUGACAUGUGAUUAAAAAAAAUCAACAAAGUUUUAGAAGUAUCCUACCACAGAGGUAUUAAAAAAUUCACUCAAUUCAUCUUCUCUCCCUCUUAGAAAAAGAUUUGCCAAAAACUGCGGAAAAUAUGCAAGAAGCUCCGGCCCAGUAGACGUCCUAAGCCUUAA